UUUCCCAAUUAAUCCAAACCAAGAAUAACCUUAUCAACCCAACCAAACAAACAACCACCUUAGGGUUCGUUCAUUCAGAUAUCCCCAAAAAAAAACCCUAAUCAAAACGAUUUUCUCUCUUCAAAUCCCCACAUAUAAAAAUCCCAUUUUUAACACUCUUUUCUUUCCCACAAACCCUAGAAACACAGAGAGAGAGAGAGAGCUUCAGCAGCCGAAACCCUAGACCCUUCUUCUCAAUCCAACCAUGGCAGCUGAAGGACUAGUUCUCCGUGGCAUCAUGAGGUCUCACACCGACAUGGUAACAGCCAUCGCUUGCCCAAUUGACAACUCGGACAUCAUCGUCACUGCUUCCCGUGACAAAUCCCUAAUCCUAUGGAAACUCACCAAGGACGACAAGACCUACGGUGUUCCUCACCGCAGGCUAACCGGCCACUCCCACUUCGUCCAAGACGUCGUUCUCUCAUCCGACGGUCAGUUCGCUCUUUCUGGAUCUUGGGAUGGUGAGCUUCGUUUAUGGGAUCUAGCAGCCGGAGUCUCAGCAAGGAGAUUCGUUGGUCACACAAAAGAUGUUCUUUCUGUGGCUUUCUCGAUUGACAAUCGUCAGAUUGUUUCUGCUUCUCGUGACCGUACGAUCAAGCUUUGGAACACACUCGGUGAGUGUAAGUAUACUAUUACUGAUGGUGAAGCUCAUAAUGAUUGGGUUAGUUGUGUUAGGUUUAGUCCUAAUAAUCUUCAGCCAACUAUUGUUUCUGCUUCAUGGGAUCGUACUGUUAAGGUUUGGAAUCUUUCCAACUGUAAACUGAGGUGUACUCUUGCUGGUCAUGGUGGGUAUGUUAACACUGUUGCUGUUUCACCUGAUGGUUCACUCUGUGCCAGUGGUGGUAAAGAUGGUGUUAUCUUGCUUUGGGAUUUGGCUGAGGGAAAGAGAUUGUAUUCUCUUGAUGCUGGUUCUAUUAUUCAUGCUCUUUGCUUUAGCCCUAACAGGUACUGGCUUUGUGCUGCUACUGAGAACAGUAUUAAGAUCUGGGAUUUGGAGAGUAAGAGUAUUGUUGAGGAUUUGAAGGUUGAUCUUAAGGCUGAGGCUGAAAAGACUGAUGAUACCCAUGUUGCAACUGCCAACAAGAAGAAGGUUAUAUACUGCACAAGCUUGAGCUGGAGUGCUGAUGGAAGCACUUUGUUUAGUGGAUACACCGAUGGAGUAAUUAGAGUUUGGGGAAUCGGUCGUUAUUAGAAGGAAAAAGCUUCUAUCAGUAAUAUUAUUCUCCCUAAUGCACUUCUUCUACUGUUUUCUUAGUUUUUGAGAACAAAAAACCGUAUUUACUAUCUUCUUAAAUUCUAGUGUUUUCGGAAAAAAGGUAUUUAGGUUUUUGUUGGAGAUGUUGAAUUUUUGGAAUUCUCUUAAGUUGAUGACUUGUGGCUUUGAGGCCCCAUUUGUUUUUUGGUUUUUGUUUUCUUUUAUAUAUUUCAUUAGAUAAUCA